GUGAAACCGUUAGCACCAGAUUGACUGGUUUUGCACGAUGACAAAUGUCCGUCGUAAAUUUAACCCAAAUACAAUGUUGAUAAGAAGUGUUAAAUUAAUAUGAUAAACAUAUUUCAAGGUCCUUCCAAAUUUCCGAAACAUAUUUUCAUAGUUUUUCUUUUUAUUUGCCGAAAGUAUAUGUUGUAGAAUAUGCUACUAGCAGCAGCCGAGUGGAUACCAUGUCACGCAAUCGCACCAUCAAGAGAAGGGGACCCGAAGCCACGAACCGAUCGACACAGCGCUGCAAGAUCGGCUCACUUUGUGCCCAAGCCGAACAGCCGCCAUUCACUUACGCUCAACUAACUCCAGCGCAUACAAAUUUCAGAUACUUCAAACAAAACUCUCCCACCCACUCCCAAUAGGGGGCCGAAGCGUGGAUCGGCCGCUCCGUUCAUCAACACAUGCACACACACAGAGCCCCGGGAGCCGAUGUUGGCCGUGCUGUUGGUGCCUAUCUGAUGGUUAAGAAGCAGCCAGCAUUUAGGAAAGAACCGUGUACCGCGUGGUCUUGCAGGGGUGAAUAAGUUUCGAGCUUCGGCUGUGUGCUGCGGAUAGUGUAUUUCAAGGAAUCGAAGGACACACCUCUCGUGUAGUGAGGAGGCCGAGCGAACGAGUUGUUGAGACAAAAAAAAAACAUAAUCGGAGAGUCGUGACAGGAAGGUCAGAUUUUCGAGCGUGAAACCAGAACGGAAGUAGACGCGGGACUUCAAAAUGUUAACACCACGGAUACUCAGAUUAGCGAUAGUACUAUGCAUCAUCGUUGCCAUCUUCUCACAGACCACAGACAGCGCUCAGACAAAACGAAGGAUUCGACGACCCACCAGCCUCAAAUCGUCUUCCACAGCCGCCAAGCCGAAUGAGGAGGAAAACCAGAUCCCGGCCAAGAAGGUCGCGCAGGAUCGAUCCGAUCAGGCCCCUUCCUCGGCAACGAACCGGUUUCGUGUGCGUACGAAAACUCGGGGCAGCACAGCUCUAGCCGGAGCCGGAGCAGCUGCUGCCGCGGGAGCGGCCGGUGGUGCUCUUGCCACCAAAAAAGUACAAGAUAAGGAAGGGUACAAGAUCGUUUGCUACUACACCAACUGGUCCCAGUAUCGUACCAAGCUAGGCAAAUUCGUGCCGGAGGACAUCCCAGCUGACCUGUGUACUCACAUCAUCUUCGCCUUCGGUUGGUUGAAGAAGGGUAAACUGAGCUCAUUCGAGAGUAACGAUGAAACCAAGGACGGAAAGACUGGUCUGUACGACCGUAUGAUGACUCUGAAGAAGGCUAACCCCAAGCUAAAAGUUCUGCUAGCCAUCGGUGGUUGGUCGUUCGGUACGCAAAAAUUCAAGGAAAUGUCCGCUACACGGUACGCUCGUCAGACAUUCAUCUACUCAGCAAUUCCCUACCUGCGUCAACGUGGAUUCGAUGGUUUGGAUAUGGAUUGGGAAUACCCGAAGGGAUCAGAUGAUAAGAAGAACUUCGUCUCGUUGUUGAAGGAAUUGCGGGAAGCAUUCGAAGCGGAAUCGCAGGAAGUUCGUCAAACCAGAUUGUUGUUGACAGCCGCUGUCCCGGUGGGUCCCGAUAACGUCCGUGGUGGAUACGAUGUUCCGGCUGUGGCUAGCUAUUUGGACUUCAUUAACUUGAUGGCUUACGAUUUCCACGGAAAAUGGGAACGAGAAACUGGACAUAAUGCCCCACUGUAUUCCCCAUCCUCGGACUCGGAAUGGCGCAAACAAUUAUCGGUUGACUUCGCUGCCAAUCUCUGGGUGAAGAUGGGAGCCCCUAAGGAAAAACUCAUUAUCGGAAUGCCAACUUAUGGUCGUUCGUUCACUCUUUCCAACACCGAACGCUACAAGGUUAACUCACCGGCCAGCGGUGGUGGUAAAGCCGGAGAGUACACCAAAGAAUCUGGCUUCUUGGCUUACUACGAAAUCUGCGAGAUGCUGCUGAACGGUGCAGCGUACAUUUGGGACGAAGAGAUGAAGGUUCCUUACAUGGUUGAUGGCGAUCAGUGGGUCGGAUUCGAUGAUGAACGAUCGAUUCGUAACAAGAUGGUCUGGAUCAAGAACAACGGAUUCGGUGGCGCUAUGGUGUGGACCGUCGAUAUGGAUGACUUCAGCGGAACGGUGUGCGGAGGAAAUGUUAAGUACCCGUUGAUAGGAGCUAUGCGCGAGGAGCUGCGUGGCGUUACACGUGGUAAGGACGCCAAGGACGUCAACUGGGCCGAGGUUGCAGCUACCAUUGAAGAGAAGGAAGUCGAAAAGCCAGCCCCAAUCAAGAUUUCCGUCAGUGAAGUGCUUAGCAAAGUUCAAAAACCACAAAAGAAAAUCAUCAAGCAAGGAUUGGCCACUGCCGACAAGAACUCUCGUCCCGGACAAGUAUUCUGCUAUUUGACUAGCUGGUCCGCUAAGCGCCCGGGAGCUGGAAAGUUUGAACCCAAGGAUAUCGACGCUAAGCUCUGCACGCACGUUGUUUACGCAUUUGCAACUCUGAAAGACCACAAGCUUAGUGAGGCGAACGAUAAUGAUCCGGACAUGUACGAUGAAGUGAUCGCUCUGCGUGAGAAGAAUCCAGAUCUGCAAAUUCUGCUAGCUAUUGGCGGAUGGGCUUUCGGAUCUACUCCAUUCAAAGAGCUCACCUCCAAUGUAUUCCGUAUGAAUCAGUUCGUUUAUGAAGCCAUUGACUUUUUGCGUGAAUACCAAUUCAACGGUUUGGACGUUGACUGGGAGUAUCCACGCGGUGCUGACGAUCGUAAAGCGUAUGUGGAUCUACUUCGUGAACUUCGUAUUGCCUUCGAGGGUGAGGCUAAGACUGCUGGACAACCACGACUGCUGCUGACUGCCGCUGUGCCAGCCUCGUUCGAAGCCAUUGCCGCCGGAUACGAUGUGCCAGAAAUCUCCAAGUAUCUCGAUUUCAUCAACGUAAUGACUUACGACUUCCACGGCCAAUGGGAACGCCAGGUUGGACACAACUCACCGCUCUUCCCGCUGGACUCGGCUUCAACCUAUCAGAAGAAGCUGACCGUAGACUAUAGCGCUCGCGAGUGGGUUAAGCAGGGUGCCCCCAAGGAGAAGCUUCUGAUCGGUAUGCCGACCUACGGACGCUCGUUCACUCUCGUAAAUCAGACUCAGUUCGAUAUUGGAGCUCCUGCCUCGGGAGGCGGUCUGCCCGGAAAGUUCACCAACGAAGCUGGCUUCUUGAGCUAUUACGAGAUCUGUGCGUUCCUCGGAGUUGACAACACUACCCUGGUGUGGGAUUCAGAGCAACAGGUACCGUUCGCCUACCGCAAGGAUCAGUGGGUUGGAUUCGAUGAUGAGCGAUCGCUGAAGACGAAGAUGGAGUGGUUGAAGGAAAUGGGAUUCGGAGGCAUUAUGGUAUGGUCUGUUGAUAUGGAUGACUUCUCGGGCCGUUGUGGAAGCGGAAAGUUCCCUCUACUGAAUGUUCUCAACGAUGAAUUGAAGGACUACAAGGUACAACUGGAAUACGACGGACCUUAUGAAUCUCACGGACCACGAGGAGCCUAUACCACCAAGGAUCCUACUGAAGUCGUUUGCGCUGAAGAAGAUGGUCACAUCAGCUACCAUCCAGACAAGAGUGACUGCACCCACUAUUACAUGUGCGAAGGAGAACGAAAGCACCACAUGCCUUGCCCAGCCAAUCUUGUCUUCAACCCGAACGAGAAUGUCUGCGACUGGCCGGAGAACGUUGAAGGUUGCCAGAGCCACACGCCGGCUCCUGCCGCCUAAGUGGAGACUAUUCGAUAAGGAGGUCGAAAAUUGCUAGCUUAAUAACAUAACCAUUAAACCCCUCCCUACAUGCACACCCACACACACACACUUUCCUUUAGACGUAAUGCAAAACGUGUUUUAGUGACAAGUAUGUUAUGUUAUAAUCAUUGCCGAAAAUCGAUACUUCCGCGAAAACUGCCAAACUCUUCCGUAAAAAAAAUACUCUUCUCGACGGUAGCCUCAAUACGGUACCGAUAUUGAGGAUCGAACCGGAAGACGAACUGUUGUAAAUAUUUCUUAGUAUGCAUUACGUAAAUUUUGUCAGUAGAAAUGUACUCCGUUCAAACCGAACUUGUAUAUCGAUGUUGGAUACACCUAAAAAUGGAACCGAGUAGCUGCCAUCUAAUAAAUUCAUCCAGAAAAACGAUCAUCCGUUAUUUCCGCACGCACCCACAAGAAAGCGAAGAAUGCAAAAAUCAAGAAACUUUUCUUUAUAACCCUAAUAUGUUAAACGAAUAAUAUUUAUAUACAAAUCAUUAAGAAUUCCCUUUCCCCCCGUAAUGUUAAGUAUUGUUAAAUGUUAGAUGGUGUAACGAACAGAAUAAAUGAGAAACAUACAUAAUAAUGACACAACUCGAGGAUGAAUAGCGCUAUUCAUCAGUAGGAGGAAUUAGUGACAGGAGGACUACUCCAGAAGCAACCAAUCUGAAUCACAAAACUAAAACACACACAGCUUCUCAUACUUUUUUUUUGUUAUCCGUACGAAUUUGUUUUCUUAUUACAAUAUUUUUUCGCGAUUCAGCUAAUUCGAAAACUCUGUUUAAAUGUGUUUUUUGAGUAGAUGUAUAAAAUCUGUGAUAAUUAAGUGUAUAUAAAGAACAAGAGGAAAACAAACAAUUCAAGAAGCAAGCGCAUAUCUCAUGGGCAACAUCGACCAUGUAUUGACCAAUGUGCACCAGCAGCGAGUAGAAGAAACUAAACAGCUGAAAACAGGACGGAUUUGACAUAAACAACAAAAGGAUAUAGAUCCCGGGAAUGGAAAUUUAACCACAGAAAACAAUCUACAAUCAACGCGAACAAGCGGAUGGUUUGCUCAUUUUCUAUUUGUAAGAAAGUGACGGCGGUUUGGCGCCACCCAAGCAAGCGUUCAGUCCGCUGAAGUUAACAAUUUGUUACGAAAAAAAUGAGGAAGAUAAAUUGGAUCAGACGAUCAGAGAGAAAAUAAUAACAAAUAAGGGAAGUGGAUCAAGCAAUACUUAUAGCGACAAGUAGUAAGCAGUAUGUAAGCGGAAUUUGAGAGAGAUUGAAGUUUUAAUCGGAACAGUGAUCAGUGCUGUCGAUUGAUGCUGACAUCGAUUUAUUGUAAAAUAUACUGUAUGUAAUUUACAAAAUGUAUAACAUUAUUUUUAAAUAAAGGAUUAUUUAAAGCUAGUGAGUUCCAAUGACGGUGUUAUACAGGGUGGGCCAUUUAAAGUGGAAGCAUCUGGCAACCCCAUAACUUUUGACAUAAAUGUCAGAUUAACAAAUGUCAUACCGCGUUGGAAGCGUCAUUUCAGUACAAUUUUAACCAUGGAACAAUACACACCUAAACAACGCGCUGAAAUUGUUCAGCUGUACAUUCAAAUAACUUCUCAAUUUUGUUUACUAAACGUGCGUGGAAAAAUAAAAAUAAAGUUAAAACAUCGCCUAGAGACAACACUAUACGUCGAUUAUAUGCCAAAUUUAUAUCGUCUGGUAGUGUUGGUAAUGCCAGUCAUCUGUCCAGACAACGACCAAGACGUUUCGACGAGAAUAUUGAUGCCGUUCGAGCCAGUGUUGCAGAGACUCCAUCGACAUCAGGUCGCCAUCGUUCGCAAGAGUUAGGCAUCUUUUUAUUGUCAUUUGUUCGUGAAAAUGAAUUGGACAAUUACUGGUUCCAACAGGACGGCGCUACAUGUCAUACAGCGGCUGCCACGACCAAAUUAUUGCGCGAAAUGUUCCCCGGAAGAUUAAUAUCGAAAAACGGCGAUUAUGACUGGCCACCGAGAUCACCUGAUUUGACGCCUCCUGACUUUUUUUUAUGGGGAUAUUUAAAAUCCAAGGUAUACACUGGU